CACGGACCCACGCACGAACAGCGCGCACGGCUCCAUCCGCUCUCCAGCAUGCACCUCUCUCCCGUUCUGCUCCUGCUAGUUGCUGGGGCAGCUGUAGGAUGUGUUGCCGUGACGACCACACUGCAUGGUGUGCGAGGUUGUGCGGUGAGAGAGUUCUCCUUCGUUGCACACAAACCCGGAUGUAAGAGCCUGCGCAUCAGCACCGAGGCCUGCUGGGGGCGCUGCCACACCUGGGAGAAGCCUGUGCUGGAGCCGCCCUACACCCACGUGCACCACCGGGUGUGCACCUACAGCCGCUCCCGCCCCAUGACCGCCCGCCUGCCCGGCUGCCUGCCAAACGUCUCACCUCUCUACUACUACCCACUGGCCAUGUCCUGCCACUGCGCCGUCUGCUCCACACUGGACACUGAGUGUGAGACCUUCUGAGGCUGCACACCACACACUAAGUCACUCUGUGUAUUUCAUAAAGCUCUUAGAUCACUCUGUAUAUCUCAUACGUCAUACGCUUAAGUUCAUAAAUCACAUUGAGGCUCUUCUCUCUGCACCUGCUGCUGUGAGUCUUGUCAUUUUGGUCUUAAAAUGUAUGUCUGCUCUUCAUGAUCCAGGGGGUGCUUUUUCCUAUUCCUAACAGAGAACCUGGCUAGUAUCGUAAUCUUCAUUUGAGUGAAGCUGAAUGCUGAGGGUGACGUCACACUUCUUUGUCUCUGUGGGUGGUGCUCAUCUUCUGCAGUCUGAUGAUGUCAAAGUCCAGGGCUGUGUUCUUUCUGUCGUUCCUCUAAGAGCCAGAACCUAUGUACAUUAUAUCGAGGGAUAAACCGAAUGCUGGUACUGAAUAUCAGCGCCAACUGCAGCUGAUGUCAUCAACAUUCUCUGGAGGCUCUGCUCUGUCUGAGGCUUUGUUAGAUUGUAAUCUUGAAUUGUAAAAGAAAAUUACAGGAACAAACAUUAUCCAACAGUU